UUACAUUCGUUGAAUGGUGCAAUCCCACAUUUUCCGCGUCUUGCUGGAACUGGUUCCUGCCGGGCAUGUGGAGUGUGUCAUCCCCCCAUACAGCCCACGCAGUCAACUAGUCUACAGUACUCGUACGAGUAGGUCCCCCGUUCUUGUAUGGCACCUGGCUAAAUGGCUAGAGAUCGCACAAUACUAGCUGCCUCCUCCCAUCCCAUCCACAGGUCGAAUUAGCUAGCUAUGCAUAGCUACCGGUAGUAGAUAGAUAGCACCAUAAAUUGCAAAGUUGUGUGCAGAGCAGCCAGAGGUGCGUAGCUCAUUCGUGCUAAGCGCGUCAUUCUCGCUCACCUCUGUGACGUGCCUCCUGCAAUUUAUUUGGCUCUGAACUUUCGGAGUUGGAAAGGCUGUGUCAACGGUUAAAAAAAUCUUGCCAAUCAUUUCUUUUGCCUUUGCAACAACUGGUAAAAGCUGUGCCAGCCACUCCGCAAGAAAGAGGAAGUGGCGUGGUCUGGGAAGCGGGGGGACAGUACAUAUAUAUUGUGCCAUUGUGGUUUAGCUGCAGUCCUUUUCAUUGCUUCACGUUUCGACAGUAUCAGCGGAGACUGAGACAGAAUCCAAUUGGUUCAUUCUUUCGUACCUUGGUAGGAGACGACUUGACACUUGACAACAGGUGUUUUUGGAGAAGGAACCAGGUCCUUGUGAGACUUGACAACGAUAGAUCUGUUGCCUACUGCUUACCUCGAGAAAGAAAUGUGGGUCCAUCGCGACAGACCUGAUUCCCUCUUGGCAUCACAACGGGGCUGCCGCUAUGAUUCAUUCGCUACCACCCAGGCCACGGAUGAUGCUACAGAGACAUCGCCUCUGUUUGAACGAUAUCCACCAGCUCGAGAUGGCAAUAGCGAAGAAACAGCAAUGAUGUUGGACAAAAUGAGGAGGGACAGCGAUGUUAUCUCGCCUUUUCCCCGUAGAUCAUACUCCAAAGUCGUCAUUAUGUUUGGGGUUGCCGUGUUGAUUGGAGUUUUGGUAUGGAUAGGAACAUAUACCUAUGCUCUCACAGCGGACAGGGACCGCUUCUACUCGUUUGCCGGCGAUGAUGACCAUUACUACGAUAGGCAUCUGUUUGACAUGCUACCUGUUCCGCUCAUGCUCGGUUCCUUCAAUGCCCAGGACCACGCUGAUCAUGCCAGGGACGGUCUCUACCUUGAUCCAGAUGCAAAGCACAAGCAUCAUAGGCAUCACAAGAAUCGUAACACGCCUUACGAACGUCUCCUGGGAGACGCCGAGCUUGAGGAAUCCGAUGUUCUGGCACCCGAAGGUUGCGAGGGUACGGUCAUUCUCUUGAGACACUGCGAGAAGGGACACAUCCGGGAGCAUUGCAACUACCUUGGCUAUGAGCGUUCCGUCUACUUGGCUUCUUUGUUUGGCGAGGAUCACACCACUCGAUGGCCUGCUCCAUCCUACAUCUUUGCCGAAAGGCCAGGAAUGCGUCGCAAUCCCAACAAGCAAAACUUUCGAGAGGUUGAGACUGUCUUGCCUCUGUCGGAAAAGUUCGAUAUCAAGAUUGACUCGGAAUACUCCUCUUUGGAUACCAGCAAACUGGCACGAAAGAUUCAUGGAAUGUUCCGUUCGGGUGAAAUGUGUGGCAAGGUCAUUGUGAUUGCAUGGAAGCACUCCAAACUUCCGCGUAUUGCCCAGGCUCUCGGAUGCGCCAGAAACGAGGGUUGUCCAACCCACUACCGGGGCAGAGACUUUGAUGCAUUGUGGCAACUCAAGUUUGCGUACCGCACACCACUUCACUCGGAACACAAGAGCUUGAAGCCACCCAAGGCAGCCAAAUGGAUGGUAUUUGGCAGCCCCCUUGCUGAGAACUUUGAUCCCUUGGCCUUUUCGAAACAAGUGGGUGACUACCCUGCUGGAGGCACCAAGACGGGAGGUCGUUGGAGAUCCCUGGACCAUGAAAUACCGGAACGAGAGUACAUUCCAAAGCACAAGAAAAAGAAAUACACUAGUGGCUUCUAGGCAUUCUUCCGCAACUUCACACUGAUGAAAUCAAGACUACACAAUACAUCAUGCUACAACAAUAACGCGUUUAGACAGAAUCAUGAAUCGAAUCCUUAAUGCACCUAGAGAAUGAAUAUACAUUUUACUAGGCGAAGCUUCAUAGACGCAGAGCACAAAAAGCUCCGCAUUUAAAAGAACAAAUAAGUUUCAUGGUUACUUUAUC